GCGGAUAACUCAUACAAGCAGUUCUAAAGCACUCGAGGUGAGUGGGGUGCAGGGAUUGAGACUGACAUUUCAACCCCAGGAAACCUCUUCUGGAGGUAUAACUGGAGUCGGGGAGCUGUUCCGUGGGAGGGUGCGAAUCUGUGACCAUCGUACGGAAACACUCGCUAUUCCUCAACGUGGGAAACUUGAAGGAACUUCACCACUAUCCAGAUCCCCACUGAGCCCCUCCGCCUCCUUCCUCUGUUGUAUGCGUGAAGGCUUGACUGCAAUGAAGGUUGUGUCGGACUGGGGACAGUCAGCCGCUCGCUCAGUCGACGAGCUCCGUGACUCGGUUCCCCGGGGUCGAUUCCUCUGAUGCCCCGAUCUCGAGGCCACUCCAACGGCAGGAAGCAGAAAGCACGAACCCAGGGCAGCGGCAGAGAAGAUGUGCAGCGAGUGUUACACCAACCGGUCCUUUGUCUUCGAUGAUGGGACGUCGAGUAAACAAACCUCCAGACCUUCGGCCGUCGGUGGCGGGCAGAGCCGGAGCAGCGACGGGGUCAUCUUGGACAUCUCCUCCUUGAAGAUGAACGAGCUGGAGACCGACGUCCCACCUCUGCCGCCCAGGUACCGGUUCAGGGACUUGCUGCUGGGCGACCAGUCCUUUCAGAACGACGACAGGGUUCAGGUGGAAUUCUACGUGAAUGAGAACACCUUCAAAGAACGACUGAAGCUCUUCUUCAUCAAAAACCAAAGAUCAAGUUUAAGAAUACGCCUCUUUAACUUCUCCUUGAAGGUGCUUACAUGUGUUUUGUACAUUGUACGAGUUUUGCUGGAUCACCCUGAAGAAGGAAUUGGAUGUUGGGGAUGUUCAAAGCAGAAUUACACUUCACGUCCAACAUCUAAUCUCGUAAUUAGCUGGGCACCUAUACUUUGGGUAAACAGAAGUCUGGCACUAUGGGGAAUUCAGGUUACAGUGGCUUUAAUUAGUUUCCUGGAGACCAUGCUUCUCACAUAUCUGAGUUACAAGGGAAAUAUAUGGGAACAGAUUUUCCGAGUUCCUUUUAUUCUUGAAAUGAUCAACACUGUUCCUUUCAUUGUCACAAUUUUCUGGGCACCCUUAAGAAACCUCUUCAUCCCAGUAUUUUUAAACUGCUGGCUGGCCAAGCAUGCACUGGAGAACAUGAUUAAUGAUUUGCACAGAGCCAUUCAGAGAACACAGUCUGCUAUGUUUAACCAAGUAUCAAUAUUGAUUUGUACUCUACUCUGCCUUGUGUUCACUGGAGCGUGUGGAAUCCAGCAUUUGGAGAGAGCAGGAGACAAUCUCUCAUUCUUCAAUUCCCUUUACUUCUGCAUUGUCACCUUCUCUACAGUUGGAUUUGGUGAUGUGACACCUCAUAUUUGGCCUUCACAGCUCCUUGUUGUCAUAAUGAUAUGUGUGGCUUUGGUAGUAUUGCCUCUGCAGUUUGAAGAGCUUGUUUACCUGUGGAUGGAAAGACAGAAGUCUGGUGGGAAUUACAGUCGGCAUCGAGCGCAGACAGAGAAACAUGUUGUCCUCUGUGUCAGCUCCUUAAAAAUCGACCUGCUGAUGGAUUUCCUCAAUGAAUUUUAUGCUCAUCCUAGGCUUCAGGAUUACUAUGUUGUCAUCCUCUGCCCAACUGAGAUGGACCUGCAGGUGCGCCGAGUGUUACAGAUUCCUCUCUGGUCCCAGCGUGUCAUUUACCUGCAGGGAUCCGCUUUGAAAGAUCAAGAUCUCAUGAGAGCCAAGAUGGAUGACGCAGAAGCCUGUUUCAUUCUCAGCAGCCGAAAUGAAGCGGACCGUACAGCAGCGGAUCAUCAGACGAUCUUGAGAGCAUGGGCUGUGAAGGAUUUUGCCCCAAAUUGCCCCCUUUAUGUUCAGAUACUGAAACCUGAAAAUAAAUUUCAUGUCAAGUUUGCAGAUCAUGUAGUUUGUGAAGAGGAGUUUAAAUAUGCCAUGUUAGCCUUGAACUGCAUCUGCCCUUCCACCUCUACUCUCAUCACGCUAUUGGUUCAUACAUCCAGGGGACAGGAAGGACAACAGUCCCCAGAACAGUGGCAGAGGAUGUAUGGUCGGUGCUCAGGGAAUGAAGUCUAUCAUAUCAAGCUCAGUGACAGCAAAUUUUUUGGAGAAUACGAAGGGAAGAGUUUCACCUAUGCCUCAUUUCAUGCUCACAAGAAAUAUGGUGUCUGUCUGAUAGGUGCGAAGAGAGAGGACAAUAAAAGCAUCUUACUCAACCCUGGGCCUCGGUACAUAAUGAUUAGUUCAGACAUCUGCUUCUACAUUAAUAUCACUAAAGAAGAGAACUCAGCAUUCAUAUUCAAAGAAGAAGAGAAGCAGAAGAGGCAGUCCCUGACUUCAGGGGGGAUCUUCAGUGGACCUUCCAGGCUACCAGUCCACAGCAUCAUUGCAAGUAUGGGUACAGUUGCUAUGGAUCUACAGAAUACAGAGUGCCACCCAUCCAGUGGUACCACUUUGACUCUCCCUACAGAAAAUGGAGCAGGAAGUAGAAGGCCCAGCAUCGCACCUGUCCUCGAAAUUGCUGACACUGCUGCCAUUUUGCCAUGUGAUCUCUUAAGUGACCAAUCAGAGGAUGAGGCAAAUCCGUCUGAUGAUGAGAGCUUACCUACCCCAGAAUAUGUGAAAGGAUAUCCUCCCAAUUCACCUUACAUUGGAAGUUCUCCAACUCUCUGUCAUCUUCUACCUGUGAAGGCUUCAUUCUGCUGUUUGAGAUUAGACAAGGGCUGCAGGCACAACAGCUUUGAAGAUGCAAAAGCCUAUGGGUUCAAGAACAAACUGAUCAUUGUGUCUGCAGAGACUGCAGGCAAUGGCCUGUACAAUUUCAUUGUUCCACUCCGAGCAUACUACAGGCCCAGGAAAGAGCUGAAUCCUAUUGUGUUGCUGCUGGACAACCCGCCAGAUAAUCACUUUUUGGAAGCCAUCUGCUGUUUCCCCAUGGUUUAUUUCAUGGCAGGAAGCAUUGAUAACCUAGAUAAUCUACUACAGUGUGGGAUUAUUUAUGCUGAUAACCUGGUAGUGGUGGACAAAGAGAGUACAAUGAGUGCCGAAGAAGAUUACAUGGCUGAUGCUAAGACUAUCGUCAACGUUCAAACAAUGUUCCGGUUGUUCCCCAGCCUCAGUAUCAUCACAGAACUGACUCACCCCUCAAACAUGAGAUUCAUGCAGUUUCGAGCCAAAGACUGUUACUCACUUGCACUUUCCAAGUUGGAAAAGAAAGAACGUGAAAAGGGAUCAAAUUUGGCAUUCAUGUUCCGUCUCCCAUUUGCUGCUGGAAGGGUAUUCAGUAUCAGUAUGUUGGACACACUACUCUAUCAGUCUUUUGUUAAAGAUUACAUGAUUCCAAUUGCACGGUUGUUACUUGGACUUGAUACUACCCCUGGCUCUGGAUACCUUUGUGCUAUGAAAAUUACAGAAGAUGACUUGUGGAUUCGGACAUAUGGAAGGCUCUUUCAGAAACUCUGUUCUUCCAGUGCUGAAAUUCCAGUUGGGAUUUACAGAACAGAAUUACACCUGUUUUCUACAUCAGAAUCUCAGAUCUCAAUCAAUGUUGAUGAGUGUGAGGACACAAAGGAAGUGAAAGACCACUGGGUGGCAAAGAGCCAUCGGAACUCGACGUCUAGUGACCAAUCAGAGCACCCAUUGCUGAGGCGCAAAAGCAUGCAGUGGGCCCGAAGAUUGAGCAGAAAAGGAACCAAGCACACCAGUAAAGCAGAUGAAAAGAUCAACCAACAGAGACAGAACCUGUAUCAUCGAUCAGAAAGACAAGAGUUGUCAGAACUGGUGAAAAACAGAAUGAAGCACUUGGGUUUACCCACGACGGGAUACGAGGAUGUAGCAAAUUUAACAGCCAGUGAUGUGAUGAAUCGUGUAAACCUUGGAUAUUUGCAAGAUGAGAUGAAUGAUCAUCAGAAUACAUUAUCAUAUGUUCUGAUUAACCCUCCACCUGACACACGACUGGAGCUGAACGAUAUUGUGUACCUGAUACGCCCAGAUCCACUGGCCAAUGUUCAGCCUGGUUCCAACAGCCUGAAAAGCAAAUCGUGUAGGUUGUUCCCUUCCAAUGAGAAGACAAGGAAUGAAACGGAGCUAUGAAUGGUGAUUCCCCAGCAGUUCCAAUUUGUAAGACUCUACUUUGAUUUUUACAAAAGUGACAAAAUACUGUUUAUGCACAGAAGAUGAUCACGCUGAUACCUUGAAACAUAACAGCUCUGUUUAUCUUAAGGAAUCGGAAGUUUUGCAUUAUCAGACACAAGCCAGUUUACAAAUUGAAAUACAUCACUAAAGUUACUCUCAUCAGACCCUGAAACACAACCAGGUUUAAUGGAACUAUGCCAGUUGAAUAUCAGCAUUGACUCAAGCUAAAGCAACAUAUGACGAGAAAGUUUACUUGAUAUAUUAGGCAUAGCUUCAGGUCCAGACAGUGGACCGAUUUUAUAUAUUUUUGUACCAUGUAUAAUGGGAUAUGCUGUUUAUUUAUUAACAUUCAACCGACUUGGGACAAGUGGCCCCAUAUCAGUUAUGAGCGUGAAUACUUCACUGGUACUUUCUACUAAAUAGUAUCUAUGAAUCAAAUACGUACACAGGUUUGGCAUGAAUUUUCCAUUGUCCAGUUGCCGAAGUUGCUGUGUCCAGUUAAUUCAAAAGGAUCCUUUGGUGCCAAAGGGACAAAUGCUUUAAAGACCUUUUUCUACUCGUAUCUGCUUGGACACUUGUUAUAUGCUGUAUUCAGGAGGAAUUUGACCUCAGCUACAUUUUGUGUAGUUAGCAAUUUCUCAUCGCUGGCUUGAGUGGAAAGUGGUGCCUUCAGUCCAACUGAGCAUGGAACUAGCCAAUCAUUUACUUGCCAACAAGAAAUAAUACCCCAUGGACAAAAAUGUGGAAAAGAAUAUCAGGACAAAUGCACAGGAGAAAAUCAGUCCAGAUAUCAGCAGCCAAUAUUAAUUUGGAGCUAUUUGUAUUAUUAAUAAUUUUAACAAAGAUGGGUUUGUAAUGGAGGGUGGGCAUUUUCACAUUUGUAUUGCAAACUGUUGUGAUAGUUACAGUCCACCUAAAUUUUAUUUAUUUUAUUCUAAGAUUAUCACAUGUCAUUAUCAAAUUACAAAAGAGUGGCAAAGAUACAAGAAUUGGUCUCCAGCUGUACAAAGUUUUAAAGAUAUCUGCACAUUACAGUUUGUGUAGAGGAAAACCCGGAGGUAGUGAACAUUUAAACAAAAAAAAGAAAACACUGGCAAUAGAAGACAGCAAUGCUGAUACUGUCAUAGAUGUUGGCUCUGAAACUUCACAAUAACAUGCAUAGUUUUUUCUCACCAUAUCCAAUGUCAAAAAUGCUGGAUUUGGAUGAAUAAUGGAAACUACACUAGUUUAUUGUGCAGUUAAUAAGCUAAUUUGGUGGGUCUUUUUGCCUUAUUGAACAGAUAGUAUAGUACAUCCAGUUACUGAAACAUAACAAACCUCCAAAUUCUGCAACAAGUUUAUCAAUUGUCCCUCAUGUGUCUCUGGAUUGCAAGGAGUGGUGGACUACACCAUGCCGCACAUCUUGGAGAGUUAUUGAUGGUGCAUCACAAGGCAGGGAAGAUAUGGUCCGCAGUACCUCCUUGUUUGUCAUAAUUAUGACACCUGGUCUUCACACCCUCCAUCAAAACUCCAGGCCACAUCCCAUGGUACUCCAGAUGCAGGUCUGUUUAGUUACAAGUUGUACAUAAGCUGUGGAACUUCCAAGUUUCUGAGGACAUUGAAACACCUUUACAACCUGGGCCUAGCUGACCCAGCCACAAUAUGAAUAUUAAACAGUAUACCAAACAAGCUACAUCUGAUCAUGUCUUAAAUCAACCAUGGCAACAACUAUGAAGGUAUAUUUUCAAAAAAUAGCAAAGAGCUUUUGCAGUGGCCUCAGAGAACAGAAAAUAAAAAUUCUUGUUGUCACAAGAAUUAUCUAGUUAUUAUCAAAUUACUAGUUAUUUGAUAAUUUUUUGUGCCCACUUGAAGAGUGGUGCUUUGGCAUUGCGUUACAUCAUCUAGUUUGCUCAAACUGGUAAACGGAAUUGAGAUGGUGCAGAGUAAAAAUGAAGAUUCAGUGUAAGAAUUUCGAACAAAACACUGCCAAAUUCUAACCUAGUAUUGUGUGUAUUAACUCUGAAAAGUGCCAGUCUACAUAUAUACAAACCAACUUAAGACACCAAUUUAAAAACCUGCAUGUGUUUAGUAUGUGGGCAUCAGCAAUCAUGACUUACCAAAAAUGACACCAAACACUUUAUUUCACAAUUCAAUACAGGGAAGUCAUUGCAGAUGCGCCUCAACCUCAUUCUGAUCCAGUGUCUAAAGUCAUCCUCCACCCCUGAUGACUACAUAACCACACCUCCUAAACCUGAAGCCUGGCCUUUCUGCUGAAUGAAUAUGUUGCAACAGAUGCACUUGAGUGAUGUUCUUGCAUGUGUUACAGUAAAUCUAAUAAAGUAGAUUGUUUGGUUGCAUUCAGUCAUUCACCUCAGUCCUCAUAUGUGGACUGACAACAUGUCAUCUUGGGGGGAAGGGGAUAAAAGUUCUUUUUAAAUGCAUAUGUAUAUGGCAUGCCAUUUAAAACAGGUGUUAUUAUAAGCUAACUGUCUUUUUGGCCAUGUAUUUUGACAGUACUAUGGAAUUUGAUACCCCUUGCCUGUGAUCUUCCAGUGCACUUCCCAUUUUUCCACAGUUGCAACUAAUAUGAUAAUAAAGGAUUCUUUUGACUUUUUUCUUGUACCCCUCUACUGUAAUAUAUUGUUUUGAAUGAGAAGUGUCUCAAUUUUAUACUGUUCAGUGAAUUGUCCAUGAAUGUGAUCAUUUAAAAUAAAUUGCUGCAUGCAGCCA